AUGCCACCAAGAUGCUUGAUUGGCUGGGUUGCUAGUCACUGUGUUGUUCCCCACACCGCUGGUAGAGCUUUUGCUUGCAGAGCCAACGUUGCAGCUGGUAGAGUAUUACUAGGCCACGACAACCAUCUUGAAUUGGUUUCAGAUGGCGUUGAUGACUUCCGUGAAAAGGAGUCAUCAUCCUUUAUAGCUUUCAAAGGGAUGGAUUCUUCAGAAGGAUGUAAGCAACUGUAUGGUUUCUUACCAUGCUCAAACACUCUUUUGGGGCAUCUCUUCCUUAUCGUAGUGUAUGAAUACCUGCUGUUUCGGGGAGAAUCAUUAGUUGCUUCUGGAGGGGAACGAAUUUUCAAAAUUCUAGGCCCUGGCAUUUUUGGUGCAAGUGCAUUUCAUGUUCUAGGAUCUCUUCCAGAAGCUCUCAUCCUUCUUGCAUCUGGACUGUUGAACAGCAGAGAAACUGCCCAAGAAUAUGUCCUAACUGGAGCAGGGCUGCUGGCUGGAUCAACAAUUUUGCUGCUUACAAUAGUUUGGGGAACUUGUGUCAUCGUUGCCAGUCAAGAAUUCCCCAAUGGCAAGAAACGUACUUCUUUCGCAAGUUCCAGUACUAGCAAUCGAAGCCAAUUCAAGAGAUUAUUUUCCCGAUCAAAGGGUUAUGGCUUGACAAUGGAUACAAGGACAUCGCACACAGCAAGAAUUAUGGUUCUCUCAGUGAUACCCUUUAUUACCAUCCAAGUUCCAGUAGUCUUUGGUCUAUCUUCUUCGGGGGAACUAGCUUUCAUCAUUAUCUCUCUGCUUAUUUCUGUCACAUUCUUGCUCGUAUACUUCUUCUAUCAGAUCUUUCGGCCAUGGAUCCAAAGAAGACGAUUAGAAUACAUAAAACAUGAACAUUUGGUGGUUGACAUCCUGAACCAUGUGCAGAAUCAUGAAAUAGGCGCGGUACUUACCCCUAAAGGGGCACCUAAUGUAACAGCGAUUAGAAGGCUAUUUCGAAAUACGGAUCAUGAUGGGGACAACUUCAUCUCUGUUUCUGAGCUACAAGAAUUGCUCAAGGAAAUCAAAUUUAGGAAUGUAGAGUUGGACAAGGAUGAAGCAACGGCAGAGAUGUUGAGGGAUUUUGACAUGGACGCUGAUGAGAAAAUUAGCAUUGAUGAAUUUGUCAGUGGCGUUACAAAAUGGCUUGAUGACACAAAACAGGCAUUGGGUAAACGAUAUCUCUCCAAAAAGUCACUGAAACACUUGUACCAGGUCCUCCAACCUUGGAUUCAAAAGAAAAGGGAAGAACGCGAAAUAAUGAAGCAUAUAGUAUCAGAAAUUUUGGAACACGUUCAGAGCUCUGCACUAGGAACCCUUUUGACAGAAGAUGGAGAACCAGAUAUAAUUGCUAUAAAAAGGUUGUUUGACAGCAUUGAUGAGGACAAGGAUAGUCGCAUAUCAUUUUCCGAGUUGAAAACACUGUUGACUGAGAUCAAAUUUGGUCCUACAUCUCUAAGUGUGGAUGACGCAGUGGCCAAGAUGAUGGAAGAACUCGAUACAGAUGGUGAUCGUAUGCUUAAUGAGGAAGAAUUUGUUACAGGAUUGUCAAAAUGGCUGCAAAAGAAUGAAAAUGCAUCUACCAACUCAAAAGAAAGCGAGGAUGAAAAUUUUCAAAAAUCAUGGGAGCAGACGGACCAACUAUUGGAGGUGAAGAGCAUUAACAAAUCUCUACUUGCAUGGACCAAGGCCAUAUUUCUUUUGGUGCUUGGCACAGGCAUGCUGGGAAUUCUAGCUGAACCCCUCAUAGAAAGUGUUCAGAAUUUUUCGGAAGCCGCAAAUAUGCCAUCAUUUUUCAUCUCUUUUAUCUUAGUCCCACUGGCUACUAAUGCUAGGAUAGCAAUUUCAGCAAUCAGCGAGGCACGCAGAAAGAAACCAAGAACCACUUCUUUGACAUUUUCAGAGAUUUAUGGCGGAGUUUUCAUGAACAACAUGCUGGGCUUUUCUGUCCUGCUUUCUCCGAGGAGGCCUGACAUGGAUUUUCUCAGCUGA